CAACUUGGCCGAGGCGGGACGCAGCUGAGAUGCCCCAACACCCGCUAUGGUUCAGUCGCCUGACUCCUGAGGUUGGCAUACACCAGCUGUCCUCCCGGCCAUGGCAUACCUUCCCCAAGGGUUAUACAUUCCGUGUGAGGGCAGACGAGGCUAGUGAGGGUGCUGAUGGUGUGGUUGAGUGGUAGAUAUAAGCAGAGGAUGUGGGAGUAGAGGAAGCCUGCCUACCCACACACACAGUCCUGAGUCAGUGACCACUAAGCACAGGCUAACUAACGCACCCUGAUUUUUUCCGAAAGUGACGUUAAACCGAGUGGCAUUUGGAUUAUUUAUAUAGUCUGUCUCGCGUGGAAAUCAAAGGUGACUCACACAACGUCCACAAGAGCGGCUUGGUAUUUUCAACGUCCAGAACUAUCUGGGAAUUGUGAGUGGAUGUGUUGGUAGUGUGACGUGACGUGACUCCUGCUGGUGGCCGUGUACACACCAUCAUGGUUGUGGUUAGGAGUGUUGUGUUGCUGCUACUGAUGUUGCAAGAUGUGUUAGUCGGGGGCGAGGAGCAACUGUGGUGUUACGAGUGUGGCACAGGGGUCGCGGGUCAGCCCACGUGUGAGGACUUCGCUCGUGCCUCCUCCUGGACGAACUUUUGGAGGAAGUGCCCCAAGGACUACGUCUGUGUCAAGGCCAUGCCUAAAUGGGCCAUGACUAACGAGAGCCAUAUAGUACGUGGCUGUACCCUGCAGACCAACCUUCGUGGCGACACCCACCUUGAGGGCUGCUGGAGCCACUUCUCCUCCGCCAUGAUCUUCUGUUUCUGUAACACUGACCGCUGCAACCACGCCCGGACGUCCACGCCCACCAUCCUAACACUAACCAUCCUCCUUGCUCUCUGUGUGGGUUUGAGAUGAUGGUUCUCACCGCCCGCACCUUCACGCCCACCAAAGUGAUACUGUCAGCGGUAGGAACGACAGUCACGACUCUUCCAGCAUUAAUCAUCCUCGAAAGUGACAUUCCCGAGUCAUGGCUCAGUACUUAGUUUACUUCAAUCCACAAAUACAAGGUCUCCACAAGAACAAGUAGCUGUUGGGUACGGUUACUGCAACACUACAUCAUAACACUACAACACAUCACUACACUACAACACAAUACCACACAACUCUUUAGUGUGUUGAGUCACGAAUAACUUUGAUCAAACAACACGGUACAAGUUAUCAUCAUCCAACCCUAUUAAUAAGUUCGUCUUCAUAACCAAAUAUUACGUGUUUAAGAGCGGGUGUUCUAGUGUCAUCAGGUUUAAGUCAAGUGUUUAAUCGGUGUUUUGCUUAUUUUAUCAAAUUCACUCUACAGCUUAGAACAAUAAUAAAAAAAAAUCGCCUCACACUGUAUAGUAUAUAAUAGAGGUAUAUAUGUACAUACUUAUAUAUGUUACAAAAUCUAUAUGUGCUUAUUUAUAUCAUUAGCUGUUGUGAAGUUAUGGUUUAGUGCGGUUCAGAGAUGAGGUGAUCAGGUAGGAUCGUUAAUGAGUAAGUGUUUACCUGACACCUGUAAACAAUGUGUUCAGAAGUAUACAUAAUGAGUUACCUGCUAAUAGUUCCUAUAUUACCUUACAAAAUACCUGUGUGUGUGUGUGUGUGUGUGUGUGUGUGUGUGUGUGCCAGGACCUGCUAUUGCCUAGUAUAGUAGACGUGUUACUAGCCUAUGUAUCUAGUAACUGGUCAUUCUAUGUAAUACUUAUGCAUUUAUUUAACUUAAUAUCCUCUCGUUUAUAUAUGUUCCGUUGUGUCUUUCCAUCAAUAGCUUUUACACAACUCAAUACUAUGUGAUUUAGAAAAAAAAAUAGUCCAUCAUAAAUUAUUAUAUUGUAUGAUACUGUCAAGUUGGUAGAGUCAUGCGUGUUUGUUUAUCCCCGUCGGGGAGGUUUAGUGAUGUCACGUCAAUAACUCUACUCCCUAGGGCAUGAAUUGUUGGUGACGUCAUCCAGUAUCACCUGCGUUUGUUUACUACACUAGGUGGUGACGUCAUUCAAGACCACAUGCUUUUGUUUACUACACCUAUUCCCUUUGUUAUGAUUGGGUGGUGACGUCAUCCGGAAACACGUGCGUUUGUUUACGUACAAUAAGGAACUCGCACGAUUGGGUGAUGACGUCACAAGUAUGUGUAUUUUCUUCAUCUUCCCCCAAUACGUACAGUACAUUUAUUUCCUACACACACACACACACACACACACACCAGUCCUCAUGUGUGGAAGGUGGCCAGGUGGACACGUCACUCAUCAAUACACGGGUUCGCUUCCCAAUUGACGUGGGGAGUUGCAACACUACUCUCUCUCUCUCUCUCUCUCUCUCUCUCUCUCUCUCUCUCUCUCUCUCUCUGAGAAAAAAUACCACUAAACCAUUAUAUAACCAUUCCUGUCAUCUCCAUGGUAACCAGAGCCAGGACCAGAAAAAGAGCGCCUACACGAACACACCGAACAGAGCCUGGCAUCUCUCUUCACCAGACGAACGUUCGCCCGUCAUCACCCUGUAGUGGCGGUCUUUAUUUUAUCUACCAAACAGUUGUAUACAUCUAGUCAGUAAAGAAUAUAUAAUAA